AUGGCUCGCCAUGUCGCGGCUUGUCUGCUCGUUCUCCUUGCGAUGUCUGCCGUUGUGAACGCGGGAAACGCGGCUGCUGACAAGGCGGCUGCUGACAAGGCGGCUGCUGAUAAGGCGGCUGCUGACAAGGCGGCUGCUGACAAGGCGGCGGCUGACAAGGCGGCGGCUGACAAGGCGGCUGCUGACAAGGCGGCUGCUAAGGCGGCGGCGGACAAGGCGGUGGCGGACAAGGCGGCGGCGGACAAGGCGGCGGCGGACAAGGCGGCGGCGGACAAGGCGGCGGCGGACAAGGCGGCGGCGGACAAGGCGGCGGCGGACAAGGCGGCGGCGGACAAGGCGGCGGCGGACAAGGCGGCGGCGGACAAGGCGGCGGCGGACAAGGCGGCGGCGGACAAGGCGGCGGCAGACAAGGCGGCGGCAGACAAGGCGGCGGCAGACAAGGCGGCGGCAGACAAGGCGGCGGCAGACAAGGCGGCGGCAGACAAGGCGGCGGCAGACAAGGCGGCGGCAGACAAGGCGGCGGCAGACAAGGCGGCGGCAGACAAGGCGGCGGCUGACAAGGCGGCGGCUGACAAGGCGGCGGCUGACAAGGCGGCGGCUGACAAGGCGGCGGCUGACAAGGCGGCGGCUGACAAGGCGGCGGCUGACAAGGCGGCGGCUGACAAGGCGGCGGCUGACAAGGCGGCGGCUGACAAGGCGGCGGCUGACAAGGCGGCGGCUGACAAGGCGGCGGCAGACAAGGCGGCGGCAGACAAGGCGGCGGCAGACAAGGCGGCGGCAGACAAGGCGGCGGCAGACAAGGCGGCGGCGGAGCAGGCGGCGGCGGAGCAGGCGGCGGCGGCCGAGAAGGCGGCGGCCGAGAAGGCGGCGGCAGAGAAGGCGGCGGCGGACAAGGCGGCAGCGGACAAGGCGGCAGCGGACAAGGCGGCGGCGGACAAGGCGGCAGCGGACAAGGCGGCAGCGGACAAGGCGGCAGCGGACAAAGCGGCAGCAGAGCAGGCUGCUGCGGCCGAGAAGGCGGCGGCCGAGAAGGCGGCGGCUGACAAGGCGGCAGCUGACGCUGAGGCGGCUGCUGUGAAGGCGGCUUCUAUGAAGGCGAUACCGGUGAAGAGAGGCGCGCUGUGCGUCGAUGGGUGCGACUACGAGAAGGGCUCGUACGACUACUGGAAGGUGCGUCCGCCUCCGCUCUCGAAUGCCACAGGGGAUGCCGUUCCGGAAUUCAAGACGUGCAUGUCAAAGCCCGACAAGGACAACGCUCCCUGGUGCGCGGCGGGCGCAGUGAACGCCAAGGACUGCUGCGCCGCAUGCAAGGCGGGCGCCACCGCUGCCAACGGGAAGGACUUCUCCUGCCGCUUCUGGGUGCACAUCCCGUGA